CGCGCGUGCUGCUGGUGGCAGGCACAGGUGAGCCGCAGUCUGGCUGAGAGUCGGGGAAGACAUGGGGAAGCUCCAGGAGUUUGAAAUCGCUUUUGACAAAAACAAAGUGGUGUACGGUCCGGGCGACUCUAUCUCUGGAACCGUGACGGUGAAGCUGGGCCAGCCGCUGCAGUGUAAAGCCAUCAAAGUGAACUGCAAUGGUUUCUGUGGCAUCACCAGUAAGGUAAACGACACAACAUGGACGAUGGAGGAACAGUACUUCAACAGCACCGUCUCGGUUGCAGACAAAGGAACCCUGAAACAGGGAGAGCACACCUUUCCCUUCAAGUUCCUCAUACCAGACUCUGCUCCGACGUCUUUUGAAGGCAACUAUGGUAGAAUUGUUUACAGAGUGAGGGCUUUUAUUGACACACCAAGAUUUGCUAAGGACUACAACACAGAGAAACCUUUCUACCUGCUGAAGCUUCUAAACCUCAAUGAACUGCCAGACAUAUGGGGCAUCUGUUCAUCUGCAGUGACCCAGCAGUUCACCUACAUGCUGAUGAAAACAGGCACAGUGGUCCUGAAGGCCCAGACAGACAUGAAGGGCUACACACCAGGCCAGAUCAUCCAGGUGAUGGCCAAAAUCCACAACCAGUCUGGGAAGACCACAGGCAACAUGGCGGCCAGCCUGGUGCAGAGAGUCACCUAUGAGACAAAGAAGCCCACCCAUGACGUGAGAACAAUUGCGGAGGUUGAGGGUGGCGUGGUGAAAGCCGGCAAGGAGGUGGAGUGGAAGGAGCAGAUCAUUGUUCCUCCUCUUCCUCAGUCCUCCCUCGCUGGCUGUGAUCUCAUCAAGAUUGAAUAUUAUGUCAAAGUCAGUCUAAAGUCUCCAGAGGUCCAGCUGACGUUACCCAUCCACAUGGGGAAUGUCUCAAUAGACAAAAAACUGCGCCCUUCCAAACGAGCAGCUUCUGCUCCCUCUGCUGCAGCUGAAGAUACACCAGCCUCUACCUCUACCCCUGACGCCUCCACCUCUGCCACCACCCCCACCCUGCCCCCUCGGUCUGCCCCAAAACCUGCUCCCCGCCCUGUGCCCCGCUCCAGGAUGUCCUCCCAUAAUUCCCCCAGUGCUCCUCCAGCUGAGUGCCACCUGGGAGCAGAGGGUGGGACUCCAAGUAACGAUGGCUUCCCCAACAAGCGCCAGUCUCAGCUGGUGUCACCCAAUGCUUUCAGCUAUGCCCCUGGCCUCUUUUUCUCCCAGGGCCAGCAGCACAAUGGGCCUGGCACUGCACCUAAUGAGCCCAUGGCCAGUGGGUCCACAGGGGCCACAGCACCUUACCCCCCCGGGGUUGCUACUUCCAUGUCAUCACUACUCAUCCUGCCUCCAGACUACGGCAACUCCGCAUAUCCGCAAGAGGCUCCUCCUUCUUACGAUGAGAGCUGCAACACAUGAAGUGGAUGAAGAGGCAUCAACCUCCGAGAUGAUGAUCAGUUCACUCUGAUAUCAAACAAAAUGUUGAAGUAAAACUGCAGUUCAUGUACCACGCUGAUUGUUUGCCUGCUAUUUCAAAACUUUGGAACUAACGUGAACAAAUUGAUUGCCAGACACGGAGGAAACCCGACGUGAGCGGGUAUGAUAAGGGUUUUUUAGGCCUUAACUCACAGAUUUUGUAAAAGUUUCAAGCUUUUCUAAAUGUAAGAGAAUCACAUUUUGAAUAGAAAUGAAAGUGAAUUGUGUGAACUCUGUUGCCCAGUGUCUAAGUCCCUUCACUAAUCUAACAGGGAUCAUUCUCUCCUUCAAACCAGCUUCAGCCAAUCAACACAGCCUUCCUAAAAUCCAUGUUUGGUGUACUUUUAGCACUUUGAAUGAAAGGAAGGAGAGCGGGAAUAUGCAGAGUUUUUAUUUGCUGUUCUUUGUACAGUAACAAGAGGCAUGUUUUGAGUUGUGGAUUAUUUAGAUGACAUCUGUGAUGUCAAGUGUGAAAGUUUCUCAUCUCCGUUACUGUUUAGUAUCUCCAAAUAAGAAAUUAACAUUGAAAACAGGUGAAAUUCUCUUUAUUCUUCUGGCAUAUUUUUCUUUUUUCUUUUUAAUAUUUAAUGCUGGAUAAACUGGUUUGUUUGCCAAGAUAUUUUUUAAUUUGUCUUUGAUCAGGAGUUUUUGAUUUUAUGAUGAUAAACAAUCCAGAUAUUGCUGUUGCAAGUUGUCUACAUAUACAUAUUAAGAUUUCAGCCUUGUUUGCCAUGUUACCUUCAGUCCUUGAACUGUGUUUAGUAACUGUAGGCUUCCUUUGAGGAAUGGUGUUGUGCAGUAUAUUCUUCCCCUGCUGAACGUGUUUUGGUUCUGUAUAUGCCAGAUAUCCUUUCUGUGUCUGAAGUCUGUUAAUGGAUGUACAGCUGAAACAUCACUGUCACAUGAGGAUUUCUUUGGCCCUUGUUGAUGUACUUCACACCAUCUGUUUUAAUCACAGUGUUUUGUGAAUACAUUUUCAUAUUUCUUAAUCAAGUUAAAGCCUUCAAACAUGCAAAAAGACAACGUUAUAUUUAUUUAUUGUUUUGAGUGUUUUCCAACUACUUUGUGGAGCCCAAUAAAUGUGUUAAAACCA